GAGGUUCCUGAAGGCGACGUGAAGUCUGCCGGUGACGUCACACUAGGCGGCAUCGAACCUCAGGAGGAAAAGGAGGAGAGGGAAAAGACUGGCUGCCUGGAAAAACAUGUCCUGUAACGGUACUAGGCAGCAUCCACUCCGGCCGGCAGCAAGUCCCGCCAAUCACAUGGUGGGGAAGGACUCCCCCCCAUAAGAUGGACAAAGCAGGAGCCAUGAGUACAGCGGGCAAAGUUAGUGGGCUCAAGCCACCCACUAAAAUAUGCCGUCCACCUGUAGUGACCAUGAAGACCACCCCUUCCUCAGGAACUCCAAAGCUGCUUCCAACUUCUGAGAAGCCCCCCAGCGGUGGCGGUGCCGUUUCCUCCCCUGCUCAGGAUGACGUCGCUGACUUCCAGACUGGGGAGCGGGUAUGGGUUAACGGCAACAAGCCCGGCCACGUGCAGUUCGUGGGCGGCACGCAGUUUGCCCCGGGUCAGUGGGCGGGCAUCGUGCUGGACGAACCCAUCGGCAAAAACGACGGCUCGGUGGCGGGCGUGCGCUACUUCCAGUGCGACGACGGCAAGGGCAUUUUCACGCGGCCCUCCAAGCUAACCAGAAGCCCGCUGCUGGAGAAGGAAGCCAACGGGGGGCAGGCGAAGCCCACGCAAGUGGGAAGCGAGACCGUGCCGGGUGGGACGCCAUCAACGGGAACCAUCGAAAACUCGCGGAAUGUCUCACCUGGCGGAAAGCUAAGCGGCACGCUGAACCGAACAGUCCAAUCCACUGAGACGGUGUCCAACCUGUCUGACACGGAAUCCAUGAAAAGGAACAAGUGGGAGCUCAGGAGAGGAGAGCGUGUCCUGGUGGGCGGGACCAAGGCGGGUGUGGUGCGCUUCUUGGGUGAAACGGAUUUCGCCAAAGGGGAUUGGUGCGGCGUGGAGCUGGACGAGCCUCUGGGCAAGAACGACGGGGCGGUCGCUGGCACCAGGUACUUUCAGUGUAUGCCCCGGUACGGCCUCUUCGCCCCCGUCCACAAGGUGACGCGUAUCGGCUUCCCGUGCACCACGCCGACCAAAGCGAGGAGCUCGCGCCGGAGGUCCCUCCUCAAGAAGAGCCCGAGCGCCUCCUCCAUCAGCUCCAUCAGCUCCACCGCCUCCUCCGUCAGCGGCAAACCCAGCCGAGCGGGACUGUUGACAGAGACGUCGGCCAGAUACGCCCGCAAAAUCUCAGGUACCACAGCCCUGCAGGAGGCCUUGAAGGAGAAGCAGCAGCACAUCGAGCAGCUGCUGGCCGAGCGCGACCUGGAGCGCUGCGAGGUGGCCAAGGCUACCAGCCACGCCGGCGAGGUGCAACAGGAGCUCGCCCUGCUCAGGAAGGGCCGCGAUCAGUACGCCGUGGAGACAGAGGCCAAGCUGGACCAGCUGAGGUCGAUGGUGGAAGCGGCCGACCGGGAUAAAGUGGAGCUGCUCAACCAGCUGGAGGAGGAGAGAAGGAAAGUUGAAGACCUGCAGUUUCGCGUGGAGGAGGCGUGCAUCACCAAAGGCGACCUGGAGACGCAGAUCCGCCUGGAGCACGCCUGCAUUAAGGAGCUUGAGCAGAGCCUGCUCUUUGAAAAGACCAAAGCCGACAAACUCCAGCGGGAUUUAGAGGACGCCAGGGUGGCCACGGUGUCGGAGCGUUCACGCAUCAUGGAGCUGGAGCGGGAGGUGUCGGACCUGCAGCUGCGUCUACGGGCGUCGCUUCAAAAGGAGGACGCGGCGUCGCUCUCCCAGCAGCAGCUAGCCAGCCUGAAGGCCCAAGCCCAGUCCCAGGAGAAGAAGAUCAGCGAGCUGAGCGUGGACCUGGAGAGUCAAGACAAGGCGCUUCGGUCCGUUCGGGACGAGAAGGACUUGUUGCAACAGCAGCUGAGCAGCUUGAGACUACAGCUGCAGCGGGCUGAGCAAGAGAGCGGCAAGCUGACGAAGGCCACGCAAGAAUUGGAGCAGCGGAAGAAGGACUUGCAGGAGCUGAAAGAGGCGAGUCGUUGCCGGGAAGAGGACCUCAAGGCUCGGCUGUCUCAGGCCAUCGAGACGUCCGAGGGGACUUUGCUGUCCGUGGAGAAGCUGACCGAUGAGAAGAAGGCGCUGGAGACGCAGGUGGACACACUGAAGCAGCAGAAUUGCAAAUACCAGGAGGAGCUAAGUCUCGCUCGGGAGCAGCAACACCACAUCCAUGAGUCAAAGAUGCCCACUGAGGACUCUGGUGCCCAGGAAUCCCCGGACGCGGUUGCCAACGACAAAGACCGCGAGCUGCAGACGCUGCGGAACGAGGUGGCGGCGUUGCGGGGCCAGAACGCCGUGGCCGAGACGCUGCGUUCGGCCGUGGCCACACUGGAGCACGACAAGGCUCAGCUGCGGGAGCGCGUCCGCGACCUGGAGCAAAGGCUCCUGAGACGGUCGACCUCGGAGGACGGCGAGCGGGAGGAGGCUCUUUCAGGUGACAAGGCUCUGGAGCAGCUUAAGGAGGAGAAGGAGUUCGCCGAGGGUCAGAUCAACUUCCUGAACAGCGUCAUCGUCGACCUGCAGCGCAAAAACGAAGAGCUGAAGAUCAAACUGAAGAAGCUGGCCGUGGCCGAGUUCAUCGGCAACGACGCCGCAGACGGUGUGGAGCCGGCGGAGUCCAAGCAUGACAAAAAAGCUACGCUGCGUCCCUUCUGCGACAUCUGUGACCGCUUCGACCUGCACGACACGGAGGACUGCCCCACGCAGGCGCAGAGUCCCGACGCCGUGCCGCACUCCAGCUACCGCGGCCACCGUGACAGUGAGCGGCCGUACUGCAAAAUCUGCGAGGUCUUUGACCACACCACUGAGUCCUGCAGCGACGAUCGCACCUUCUAGACCUUUCUCGGAUGCAAAACCUCACCGCUCCCGAUAUUCGGCCACCGACGUAAGUAGUUGACCGCGGCCGUUCGGGAGCAAACGUUCCUUUUGAGCCGCCCAACCAAUCGGGUCACCUCAUGUUUGAUGUCAUCGGACAUGAAAACUCAAAACUGUCUCGAUGGCGAGGUUCAAAUUUGGUCGCGCUUGGAUCAAAAUCGAGGUGGAGUUUCUCUUUGAAGGACCCAUGAAAACGGCCAAAAUGGCUCAAAAAUGUCUGCUUCAAACCAAAACGCCAUGCUCCUUGUACCUUUUCGGCUCUGUGCUCCACCCACAUGCGUUGACAAAAAAUAUAUAUAUAUAAUUUAUAUUUGGUGUCGUUCAUCUGUCUGGUAGAAGAGGUUCAAAUUUGGUCGCGGUUGGACAAAAGCCCCAGGACUCACUAUUAACGACCCCACGUAACAGCCGGAAUGAACCUAAAAUGGGUGACGCCCCAUGUCUUUUCAGGCAUGCCAUUGUGAGUUUUUUUUUUUUUUUUUUUUGGUGGUCUACUCUUAAUAGACAUGGCUACCAAAUAUUGUGUGCUCAAAGUCUGAAUUUACACAAACAUGUUCCCGGUAUAAGGCACUGAUGAAAACGCCAAUAUUUUGUAAUUUGGCCUCACCUACAUGCUCUAACGUAGUUCAAAUUUGGUCAAAAUCAAACAAAAUCUCCAGGAUAAGUUUGUCUUUGAAGAAUAAACAAACCAGUUCACGUUUUUAUGCAAUUCCAUAACCGUACGUCCUGUUGCGUCAUUUCCUAGUUGAAUUAGCAUCGACAGCACAUUCUAGAAUCCCCUAAAAUGUUUUGACACCCCCUGCCCCCCCCAAAAAAGACAUUUUCUGCAGCAAAGCAUAUCCAUGAAUCCGACGUGUUAGGAAUGUCCGUGAUGUUACUGUUUUAUUUUCAGACUCCACUAGACUGUUCUGCUUUCACAAACGUUACACUUUUAAAAAAAAAAUAAAAAAUAAAAAUUGUCCCUACUAUGCUAAGAGGAGGCCCGGUGAUCACCUGGAGAGCACGUCUGCCUCACAGUGCCGAGGUCCAGAAGUUCGAUUCCGGGCUCCGGCCUUCCUGUGUGGAGUUUGCAUGUUCUCCCCGUGCCCUCGUGGCUUUUCUCCGGGUACCCCCGUUUCCUCGCGCAUUCCAAAAACAUGCAUGGCAGCUUAAUGGAACACUCGAAAUUGUCCCGAAGGUGUGAGUGUGCGCGCAGAUGAUUGUUGGUCUAUCUGUGCGAUGCAAUUGGCUGGCAACCGUUUCAUGGUGUCUCCUGCCUGCUGCCCAAAAACGGCUGGGUUAGGCUCCGGCACGACCCUCGUGAGGACUAAGUGGUUCGCAUAAUGGUUGGAUGCCAUGUGAAGACAUUUUUGCUCUUAAAACACAUUUUAGCGUCGACACUUUUAAUAAUUAAUCAUGUUUUCCUUGUGAUUAAUCUUUGUUUCCAGUUGUUGUGUUUUUUUUACCCCUGAUAUUCGCGGAUGGCCUCAGCGAUGUAAGCGAGCAAGCACGAUUCCGUUCUUACUGUAGCAGCUCUGCAAACUUGCCGUCUUUGCACUGUUCACUUUAACCAUGAAUAACGGCGUCAAUGCGGUGUUUGCAACCAUUAUUGACAAAUAUGUUGCUUUUUUUUUUUUUUUUUUGCGUGUUGGAAGAAUGGUUUUCAAACGUAAUCACUUUCAGAUGAUCGUGUUUGUAAUGAUCACUGUAUGAAGCUGUUCUUUUGUUUUAGCUUUAGCGUAAAGACUGGCUCGUUUGUUACGUUAAUGUAAUUCAAAGGCUGGGAUGGGAAAGAGGGAAUCAAUUCAUUGAGCAUUUUCAUAAAGCGAAACAGCUUGCUUGGCACCGCCCUCAUGCUAACACAAACAGAAUUUCUUCAACAUAUCAAUGUCAUGGGGAAGCACAACUUUUGGUGGAUCUUACUGAAUCUCCGCGCGUACAAUGUGACUCGCGUUUUGAAAAGAAAAAAAAGUAUAUAAUACAGAUCAGAAGCUUCUUGUGUGACCAAUGUGCGCACACUGCCAUCAUGCAGCUCAAGUGUACAAAACGCUUAUUUUUCUGCUCUGUUUAUAAGAUGCCCUCCCAUUUAUUGUAUAGAAAACAAAAACUUGUGCACUUGGUACGUGAUGCAUUCAUGUUUUAUAUGUCGCGGGCGUCUCCGGAUGUGUUUGUCAAAUGUCCCUUUUUCUAUGUACUCUAUCUGUACUUUUAACAGUCCAAUACAAGCAGCAAGUCCACGCUUUCACCGA